AUGCCGGAGCCAAGCGCCGUGUGGCUGGUGGACAUCAGCAAGACCAUCGAAUCCGCCAUUGGCGCUCUCGCGCGCGCUAACCUCGAUGCUAAGAGCCACAACGGCAGAGUACAACUUGUACUCGUUACAGUCACAGCAGGCAUGAGCGGGAGUGCCUCACCAGCGCACGGCAUGGCGGGGAAGAUGUCAUUCGCGCGGCAGCUGCAGGCACAGGCGACGAAGAGCGAGGAGGACGAGGUCUACCCCACCUCCGGCCACAAGCAGAGCGCUGCAGACCUUGCCUCGCCCUCGACACGCCCAGCCAUUACGAUGCACACGGAGGCAGCGGAGGCAUGGGAGAGAGGGCUGUGCAUCGCAGCCGUCAAGUUCAAGGCGCAGCGGCUCUACAUCAGUAACACGCCGCCCCCUAAGAAGGCAAGAGCCGCUGAAAGGGUCAGGUCAGGAUUCAUUAUGCCGCCUCUUCUGCUCCCUUUCCCCUGCGCCUCCUGCAGUCGGCGCCUGUUCCGGAAGCAUGAGCCUGCACCAAUCAUGGAUUUCCCGCUGGACCUCCUCCCCUCCACCUGCACGCUGCUCAUCCCCAAGGCCGACAAGCUCAUCACGCUCCAGGGCCACCUCAACGCAUCCGCACUGUCCAUCGAAACCCUCCUCCUGAUCAACGGCCUCAGUGCUCCCUCAGCGCUGCACAGCUUCAACGGCAGCAGAGGCCCGUCGCCCUCCCGCAAGGGCCUGCCUCCUCUCUCCCCUCGAGGUUUCACCCCGCGCCUCUUCUCCCCGCGUACAGCCUCCCCCACUGAUACCACUGACCCCCAGCUGGGGAACCCCCACCACCAGGCGAAUUCUGCUUUUCAAGGGAAUUCCCUCCAAGGGGUUUCCCACCGUGCGGAGGUGUAUCGGCCGGGAUUGCCGCCGUCGCCGCCAGCUGUUUGCUCGCCGUCCACUGCAGCAGCCGUGGCGUAUUCUGCCGCACUGGCCUCAGGCCCAACAGGCACUUCAUCGCUCUCCUCAUCAGCAGCCGCAGCAGCAGCAGGAGCAGCAGGGGUGACUGGGAUCGACCCGCGUGUGCAACCCCCAUCUCCGCGCAUCCACUUCCGCCCCUUCAACGUGUCGGCCUCGUUCGCCUCGCGCUCCAUCAAGCGUCGCAUCCCCUCCGCCUCCAUGCGCGCUGCCUUUGUGCGCCGCAUGCUCAGCCCCAGCGGUGCCCGCCGCGGCAGGGCAGCGGGCGCUGACAGCUCUGACGGUGACGACAGCAGUGGCAUCGGCAGCAGCCACCACUUUUUCAACCGUGCUAGAGGGUUCUCCCUCAGUGGCAGUUUCGGCAGCCACAGCAGGGUCAGUGCUGGGGCAUCUGGAGCAGCUGCUGGUGCUGGUGCUGGUGGUGGUGCUGGCGCUGGUGGUGGUGCUGGUAGUGGGGAGCUGCUGAGGGCGCGGCUGCAGAGGCAGAACUCGUUUUCCAAUCUCGAGGCUCUCAUGGCUGCUGGCACUUGCUCCGGCACCUUUGCUGUCGGCUCCGGCGCCCCCCUGCUCGGCACUGGCGGUUACUACGGUGACACUGAUUUCCCCACCACUGCUUCUAAUGGUGUCGCUGCCGCUGCUGCUGCUAGUGCUGCUGCUGGUGCUGGAGGUGUUGCUGCUGGUGCCGGUGCGGGUGGGUUCAGUGGGGGUUCGUUGGCAGACGCGGUGCAGAGGGCGGCGAGGGCGGGGGCGAUGGCGGGGAGGGGGCGCAGCAUGAUACCCCAGUCGGAGCCGCUGUGCCUGGGCAUGUCGGCUGCUGUUCUCAUGGACGACUCGGAUGAUGAGGACGAGGAGGAGGAGAGAGGGAGCGAGAUGGGGAGCGAGAGGGGUGAGGAGAGUGGGAGUGAGCGAGGAAGGAGUGAGAAGGCCGGGAGGCUUGGACUACCAUUGAAUCUGGGCGCGCGACCGCCAACACCUCCCAAAUCCCCUGUGGCACGGUCCAUGGCAAGCUGCCCUGUCAGCAGCGCUGCCAGCAUUCCCGAGCUGGAGGAGGGCGAGGAGGAAGAGGACGAGGAGGAUGCAGGGAACAAGGUCCCGCAACGCACCACAGCUAGCCACAGCAUGAGCAUGGCACAGCCUGCGCAUCAAGCCAGCUUCACGGGCUCGGAUAGAGGUUCGGCUGGACCGUCUCCUCCAUCCAACCCGCCCGCCACACCACCCCGGACUCACAUUUCCUCUCGCGCGUUUCCCAACCGCCCCUCUCCACCAUCUGCCCUCUCUGCCCUCCCCAAUUCUCCUCCUAUUUCCACUUCCUCCAAAUCGCCUCCCCCUCAGGCACCCAUAGCCCUUCUCAUCCCCAGCAACCCUCUUGAGACUCUUGAGACGGCGUUCAGCAGCCCACGGUUAUCCCUCUCACCGUCCAGCCCCCAUUACUCUGCGCAAGCUCCCACCACCCCUCGCCUGCCCAAGUCACCUGGUACCCCCACCAGCUUUCCCACCCAAGCACCCACCACGCCUCGCCUACCCAAGGCGUUUUCCAACCCCAACCCGCCCACAACCCCACCCGGACUUGCCCUGACCAAAUCCUCCUCCAUCUCGGUUCUUGCCCAGCUGCCCUCCAGCCCUAAGGGUGUGUUGGGUGCCGUGCACAUGCCCUCCACCCCUCUGGGUGUGCUGGGGGCUGCGCACAUGCCAUGCACCCCUGAGGCCAUGCAGUUGCCCUCCACGCCUCGGCCUGCGCUGGCACCUCUGUGUGGGGCAGCCCUUGACUUGUCUCACGACUCGCCUCAGGAGUCGCUUCAAGACUCCGCAUACGCUUCUCUCCCCGAGUAUUCCUCCUCCAGCAGCCUCUCAGCCUGGUCGCCUGCUCGCUCUGAGGCCAGCAGUGCCUCCCUUCUCUUCCGAACCGAAUCCCGAACCUCCACCGAGUCCUCCCGACCCUCCACCGAGUGCCGGACCUUCUCCCGAGCCGAGAUCCUCCAGGCCACCGACCACUUCUCCCCGAAAACCAUCCUCACUAAAACCGUCCUCGGUACCCUCCACAAGGGCACGCUCUUCGGCUCUACCGUCGCCGUGAAACGCCUCGAGCACGCAAGCUCAUGCGAGGAAGAAGAUUUUCAGCGAGAAGUGAGCAUACUGUCCAAAGUUCGCCACCCGCACGUGGCGCUCAUGAUGGGGCAGUGCCCCGAGGAGCGCUGCAUAGUCUACGAGCACCUCCCAGGCGGCUCCCUCCUCGAGCGCCUCGCCAAAACCCCCGGCACCAAGCCGUGGGCCCCGCUGACAUGGCACGACCGGAUCCGCGUGUCGUGCGAGCUGGCGGCAGCCCUGGUGUUCCUCCACUGCCACGACCCGCCCAUCGUCCACGGGGACUUGCGUCCGGAAAAUAUCCUUCUGGACCGAAACAAGCGCAGCAAGGUGGGCGAUGUGGGGAUUGCUCAGUUCGUGGGGCAGGGCGAUGUGCUGCCUGAAACGUGGCGUCUGUCUGGGUCUGUCGGGUACAUAGACCCGUCUGAGAUGCAGACCGGGGAGGUGACGGGGAGGAGCGAUGUGUAUGCGCUGGGGUUGAUAAUCCUCCAGCUGCUUCUUGGGCAGCCGAAUAUCCGCGCGCUGCACAAGCAGCUGAUGCCAUUCAAGCGGGCGGGCGGGGCGGUGGAGGCAGCCGUUGAUGAGCUGAUGUGCUGUUUGGAUCCUGCGGCUGGGAUUUGGCCGCGGAAGGUGGCUGAGAGGAUGCUGGCAAUGGCGCUGCUGUGCGUGCUGAACGAUGCUGAGGCCCGGCCGGACUUUGUGGGGUGUGUGUUUCCGGAGCUGAGGCAUGUGGGGCAGUGGGCCGAGGCGGAGAGGAAGAGGCGGUGCCCGGGGCAGGAGGAGAAGCUGAUGUGCCCCUUGAGCAAGACACGAAUGCAGGACCCUGUGAUUGCUGCUGAUGGCUACACAUACGAGAGGAGGUUUAUAGAGGAGUGGUUCAAGGGCAGCACGGUCUCCCCCAAGACUGGCAAGCCUCUCUCUCACAAGGCGCUGAUUCCGAACCUCACUAUACUAGCAUUUGUGAACAGCUAA